ACACUGCCAAAGUUCCGUUUGUUAUUGUUAGUGUGAAUGCCAAACAAAUUUUCUUAGCGCACCUUGACUUUCCCGCAGAAAAAUAACAGUCGCUUUUUGCGUUCCGAUGCCCAACCAGCCCGAAAUGACUUCGAGUUGUUGCCGGUUGUGUCUGCUCAACGGUUCCGAUCUCCUCCCGGUUCGGAAACUUACAGUCAACCCAAAUGGAACCGACGCCCGCCGAAAUUCUGUAACGCCGGCUCUGUCUCAACUCAUCAUUUCUUAUUUGGCGAUUGAGCCUGUAAUUGAUAGCACAAAAGUGACGAACAUCUGCUGCGACUGUCGGAACAUGAUCGCCAAGUGGCACUGGUUUCGUGAGUCCUGCCUCCAGAAUGAUGCUGUCUUCCGAAGAAUGGCCCAAGAUUCGGGAAGGGAUGACGCAGCGGGGCAGAUUGAUUUGUACUACGAAGUAGAGGUGAAAAAGGAAGAGGAGCUCGAUAUUUGCGAGGAUUUCGGAGAGAAUCUGUUGGCGGAUCAGUUGAAUCCUUCUUCAAAAAGCGUCUCAUCCAAUGAAAAGGAAGGAGAGUCAACCGCUAGGAAAAAGGUUAGACGGCCUCGAAUGCAGAAGGGCGAAAGGAGGAUGCAACCGUGCCCACGAUGUGGUAAAGUAGUUAAGAACAUGGCCCGGCACUUGAGAAUGCACAACAUAGUUCGGCGAUGCUUCCAGUGUCCACAUUGUGCGAUUAGUUUCUACACAAAAGGAAAUUUGAAAAAACACAUAAACAUUCACACACUAGAAGUUAAACACACCUGCCAGGUUUGCGACAGAAUUUUCGCGCGAGAUGAUACCCUUAAACGCCACGUCAAGCUCAUGCACCUGGAAAAGCCACCCUUCAAGUGCCCGGACUGUGCUGAAGUGUUCCGUUACAGGGUCGGUUUAGCAAGACACCAAAAGUCCCACAAAAAGGCAUAUCGUGAGUCAAGUGUCAGUGAACGCGAGAAGAUUCUUGCCGAUUAAAGGGAUUUCUUUUAUAGUUCCUCGAAAUCACAAACGACCAAAGAAGUUCACAAUACUCAAGAGGUUAUCUUUGCGUGACGAACUUCACGAAAUCCGUCGGUUUGAAUUAUGUUCACAAAUAUAGAAUCUAUUAAGCAA